CGGAAGUCAAGGGGGUGUCGGAUUCUGACAGUAGUGGCUCCGUUACCUUGGAGAGGUGGGGUGGUGCAGAGUUGGACGCGUUGGGUGCAGAGAUCUAGACAACCCAAACAUUAUCAGACUGUGCAACUUCAAAUCCCUGUUGAAACAAAUCAAGAAGUGUACAGAAUUCCAGAAUGACUGAUACUUCGGAAGCUGUCCCAAAUUUUGAAGAGAUGUUUGCCAGCAGAUUCACAGAAGAUGACAAAGAGUACCAGGAAUACCUGAAACGCCCUCCUGAGUCCCCUCCCAUUGUCGAGGAAUGGAGUAGCAGAGCUGGCGGGAACCAGAGAACCAGGGGCAACUGGUUACAAGACAACAGACAGUUCAGAGGUCGGGACAGCAGACGGGGGUGGCCGAGUGACAAUCGAUCCAAUCAAUGGCAUGGACGGCCCUGGGGGAACAAUUACCAGCAGCACAGACAAGAAGCCUACUACCCUCACCAGUAUGGACACUAUGGCUAUAACCAGCGGUCUCCCUAUGGUUACUACUGAGAGCAACGUCAGUGGCUUUUAGUAAAACCAUCUACUUGGUUAACAAGGCAAACAUCUGUGUGUAUCUUCUGUUGGUCAUAGUUUUACAUCCGAUUUUAGAAAACAGGUUAAUUUUUUGGGGGAACUUGAGGCAUUUAACAUCUUACUGGAGAGGUAUGUGAUGGUUGCUGGGUUAUGUUGCUUAACUUCUACCUCAGACUCUUCUGUUUCAUGACUUCAUAGUGCUUCGAACUUUGUGUAUCUUUUCCUUGUUUGACCUUCAGUUCUGUCUUUGUUAUACACAGAAGUUAGAAUUUUAAAAUAGAAAAUCUUUGCUUUUACUUUGCAAUAGGAGGAAAUGUCCAUAUGCUCAUUCCUACAGCCUCACAGAGGUUGUAAAGCCAACCCGUGAACGCACAGCCAUGCUUAGCUGUGAUGUAUUGUACAUUAACACCCGCCAUUGGAACGUAAAGUAAUUGUAGUGGGUUUCAUUUUUGGCUCUUGUUGUUAUGUGACUACGGUACUUUGUAAUUACUCUGUAGGUAUGAGUCAGCUCCACAGUCAUUUUUGUCUCUUUUAGAGGAGUAUCAAGAAUAAAACCGUAAUAUGAGGAAGGAAUCAUUCUCAGUUCUAGAGUCUUGAUCUAAUGGUGCGUGGGAUUAGGGCUUGCAGUCAUUUUAUAUAAACUUUAAGGCUUUUUGCUAACUUUAACUUAGCGGGUCAAAAUUCAUGUUAUGCAAAAGUACGAGGAAAACGCUGUAAUGUUCCCCUUUCCUUUUCAAUCAUGUGUAAUGGACUCUACUGCAAUUACCUGGCUGUUUUCCUUUCUGGUACUUAAUGCUGGCUGAUCUUACCACGUCAUAUUCACGUCCAAAUGUGCACUUUUGCCGCUUUCUCUUCUAUAAAUACCAUGAUGCUAUAACUUCCUUUCAGAGUGAUCAUUAUAUUUCAAGUAAUUUUAACGGCCAUUCCAAUGGCUUUAUUUAAAUAAAAUACUUAAAACAUGAAUCUAUUUCUCAA